CCAAAAACAAAUUGAUUAUCAUCCUGUCAAAAUCGCCGAAACAAUGAAAAAUUUCUUGUGCUGAAUCCGGAAAAUCCUGGGACCAAAAGAGGGCAUGAUGUCGUACAACCACUUUGACAUCGACGAUGACCUGCAAUUCGACAGCGACGGCUGCUUCCAAUGCUCCGAAUCACCGCGCGUGAAGGGCCGCUUCGGGUUGGCGUGGGUUUCGGAGUCGCCGGAGUGCCCCUUUCCGGAACCCAUCGGCUGGCAGGUCGAGUUCCACGACACGCCCUCCAAGGUCGAGCAGAAGUGCAAGGAGAUGGUGCGCUGGAUCAACUGUCCGCCGCUACCACGCUGCGAUCCUUGCCCGCCCGACGAACUCUGCUCGCCGAACAAUCCGCCGCGUUGCAAUCCGUGCGCGCCGAUGACGAAUCCAUGCCAUCCGAGCUGCCAGAAACGCCCCGGCCGCCAGACGUCCACCACCAAGCGGUGCUGUUGCUGCGGCAAGAGCAAACGAUGCUUUCCGCCGCCAGGCACACCCUAUUGCCGCAAGCGGUCCCCGCGUAGACGCGGCGGUGACCAGCCGAAGUGCACAUGUGACGAUGUGCCCGUCAAAGACACUGGGAUGUCGUCUUCAGGUGAUUAUAUGCACGAUACUAGAAACAACAAAUACUACAAUUCCACUUCCCCGCAGCAGGUAAAUUCAACUGAUGCGGGCGCGUGCUUGUGCGCGAAAGAGACGGUCAUGCUGUACCGGAACGAUAAGAGUCCGUAUAAUACGGACACGGAGAAUAUGCGCAUCGGGAAUGAGACGGACGAUGAUUUCAAUGCGAAGGCGGCGGGCGAUAAGCACACGAAAACUGGCGAAAAGGGCGCGGAGGCGAAGCAUGACCACGGACGCAGCCAUGACGCGAAUAAAGAGCAAAAUCAUAAAACAGUCACACAUGAUAAACAUCAUCACAAGGAUAAUAAAGAUCAUAAAGAUCAAAAGAAUCAUAAACGUGCAGAAAUCACCGUGGCGCAGGUGCAAAUGCAAGAUGACGGAUUCCCACAGGGUUGUCGCGAAUGCUGUGAGAAAUUGUACAACGCAGAAAAUGACUGCAGUUGUGCAGAUGACGAAGUAGACCACUCCAAACACAAACCACCAGUUAAACAUGAAGAGCCCUCUUCCGGUGGUGCUGAAAAACAAAAAAACACAGAUACCGAGCCGAAAAACAUCACAAAUUACCACAAAGGCGAUGAAAAAUAUAAACCCAGCGCGGAUUCAUUGGACGAAGCUCUUUUAACAAUGACCGGCGCGCAAGAUAUGCUCACCGAAGCCCAUCCUGAUGGUAAGAUGCCACCACAUCAUGGCGAGGGACUCGCACAUCUGCACAAACACGAUUUCGACGUGGAGUUGGAUGACAAAGCAUCGCGUGCUGCAAUGGCGAAGAGGCGCGUGGAACAAGUCGCCGCCAGCGGCAAAACGGCGAAACACUCGCGUCGGCCAUGUUGGCUCUCGCCAUGUUGGUUUAACCUAUGCAGCCGCUUCAGAGACUACAAGUCCGAGCACGAACACAAACGCCACAAGUCGAAAUCGCCCGUGCGCAAACCCGCUUCCAAGAAAAGUUCGCAUAAAAAUUUACAAUAGAGACGCAGUGUCGUCUUCGCAUCGAAAUCACUCGUACCGUUUCGUCGAUGGUGUUGAAUCCAUGAAUAUUAGAGUAAUCUUCAUUUUAGUUUUGUUUUGAUAUAUUUCUCUUCACACAGGUGAGUGACUGAUUCAAAUCUAUGCGUCGCCAUAUUUGUCCAACGAAUACCGAAACAAAAUGUGCACUUGGAGCGAUUGCACGCGUCGUAUUUGAACAUCUUUACUAAGAAUCAAUAAAGCACACAUUUGUAAAGAGAAACAA